UCUCGUCAUUUAAUGCAUUAUUUUCUUUAACAGGAAUGUGAUUUAAUAUAAAGUCAUGACCACGCACGAUGGAGAGGAAAAAGACUGGCAAUCCGGUCGGUCCAUUGCAGAAUGUAACCGAUAUAUGUUUGCUCAUCAGUUGGGAUGUGACGUGACAUUUCUUGUCGGAAACGAUUCUAAACCGAUUCCAGCGCACAAAUAUGUUCUUGCUAGCAGAAGUUCUGUGUUCUUCGCCAUGUUUUAUGGAGCAGUAGCAGAAAAAAAUGAAGAGAUUCCAAUCCCAGAUAUAGAACCGGAGGUGUUUUCUACUCUGCUUAAAUAUUUAUACUACGAAGAUCUUGCUGUCAGUGGCGAGCAGACUGCUAGUUUACUGUAUGCAGCAAAUAAAUACUGUGUGACAAAAGUUGUCCGAAAAUGUCGCAAACUGCUCCAGGAAGCGCUAACCGUUGACACGGUAUGUUCAACAAUGGAGAGUGCGCAUCUCUUUGACGACCACGAAUUACACAAAAAAUGUUUAGAGAUGAUUUUACUAGAGCCUCAAAAAUGUCUCCAGUCGGAAGCGUUUCUUCAUUUAUGUCCAGAUUGCUUAAUGCCGAUUAUAUCAUCCGAUGAUCUUAUAAUCGAUGAAGCCACUGUGCUUAAUGUAUUGUUAAAAUGGGCGGAAACUGAAUGCAGACGACAGCAGCUUACCGUAUGUGAUGUUAACAUAAAGAAUGUUUUGGGAAAAGUUUUGUACGAAGUUAGGUUUCCGGUGAUGGACAUUCAGUUUUUCGCUGAUAAUGUUGGCAAAAGAGAUAUACUUUCAAAAUCGGAGCGGAUCAGUGUGUUUACUUUUCUAUGUGGCUCAUCAAAGUCUAUUCCUGAUGACAUAUUUAAAACAACUCCUCGAGGACAACGUCAACUUCAAACAACGAUAGCUCUGCAAGACCCUCAAACUCAACAGAACACCCACACGCCCCAACAUAGGAUAUGCCUACGAUUUCUUCGUGACGGACAUGUUGCGUUGCGAAAUGAAAAUUUAUGGUAUGUAGGUCAAAAAUCAGAUAAAAUAGACUUUUCGGCAUCAAAAACAAUAUACAUUCAUGGUAUCAUUCUUUAUGGUUGCGGAGUUGAAUCUGCCGCUUAUACAGUCGAAGCUACCAUUUUAAGAGCUGGACUUUCAACGACCAACCUUUCAAAAAUUCUUACAAAAGUAGCAAUUAACACGAAAGAAAAGACAUUCAACAUCUUUUUUCCGAAAUCAAUUUACAUUGUUCCGAACAUUCGCUAUACAAUAACUGUAAUAAUGCAAGGGCCUAGAACAUACUGGGGAGAAGGCGGGGAAGAGCACGUGACAUCAGACGGAGUUAAAUUUGAAUUCAGCAAAACCAUUGGAGAAACAAAUGGAACUGAUACCGAUCAUGGACAAAUUCCGGGUUUGAUAUUUUCAAAAUGAAAGUAGUAUGAUGUUACUUUUAUACUAAAUAAGUAGAAGUCGUGUUUAACCUACAGCUUUGUAACAUAGUUGCUUCGAAUACGGGAGGUCGUGGGUUUGACCCCAGACUUCCUUGCUUAACAGGAGGAAUUAAGGUAAAAGUUUAGAUUGAUUGAUUGUUGGUUGUAUAACGUCCAGUGGCAAGUAUUUCAUGCAUGUUCAGAACGAGAACAAAUUAGCAAAUAAUACAAUAGGAAGGUCCUGUAAUAGAGGCCGUCCAGGAUAAAGGUCAGGGAAAAUUUUGACUGUCACUUGACAAUGAGGGUAUACUGGAUAGGAACAGAAAUUUUGCCUUGCAACAGGCCACAUACAGACCACUCAAAGAGUUGCUGUAAGGGAUAACGUGGCACAAUCUCUACAGAAGACAUCAGAUUAAACACCCCCAUUCUGACCGGACGUGGCUGCGUUUUUUGUACAUCCCGCACAGCCAAACGGACUCCCCACUUAGGCAAGAGUUUUACUGCCAUUUGGAAGAAGACCAAGAGCGACCAUAUUUAUAUUCCCCAGUCACCUUUAGGGGCUAAAAGUUUAUAGCAAAGAGUAGUCGGCUAGUAGUCAUACUUAUGUUUUCGGGAAGUGUGUGUUAUCCUGCGCACUGUUACAUUUUGAACUAGAACGUGUCUGUCAAGUACAAAGUAGGACUCAUAUUCAUAUCAUCUCAACAUGUUCUCGUCCUAAUAUGCUUCUAAUACAUGUCAGCAUUCUACUCAUUCAUAGUAUUGAGCCAGCCUUACUUUUCUAACAAUAGAUAAACUAACGAGUGUGCAUCUGGUAUCGUUGCAGAAUUUUUAACCAAUAUAUAUUUAAAUAGAUUAAGAUUAA